GGACAAGCAGCAGACCAAACCGACUCUGAGAGACCUGCAGAGCAAGUCCGGGUCUAACGUUACCCCCAUCCCCAUCCCGCCGUUUGACCCCCCUGUUCCCCUCGGAGCGACGCUGCUCGACGCGUCCCCGACUCGCUGCGAAGCGUCCGCCGCAGAGGUCACGCUGACCGAUGUCUUUGUCCCCCUAGAAUCCAUCAAACCCAGUAACCUCUCACCUGUCACCGUGUUUGACGGUCACAGUCUGCGCGUUCUCUUUCACUUUGCACGCCACUCUCCUCCGUCACGCCCUGACGUGCUGGUCGUGAUCAUCUCCAUGCUGUCGUCGGCGCCCGUCCCCGUCACCAACAUCAGCUUCCAGACGACGCCGCCAAAGUCGAUGGCGGUGAAGCUGCAGCCUCCGUCAGGAUCCGAGCUCCCGGCCUUCAACCCCGUCCUCCCUCCUGCUGCAGUCACUCAGAUCCUGCUGCUCGCCAACCCCGACAAGGAGAAGGUGGAGCUGGAGUAUCGUUUAUCGUUCACGAUGGGCGAGCAGGAGCACAGCGAGGGCGGCAGUCUAGAACAGUUUCCUCCUCCGGAGACGUGGGCGAGUCUAUAGCAGAGACACACGGGCGGCGUGACGGACUGAACGCCACUCCACGCCAUGACACGCCUUCUUCCUUUGAAUCACUUUGGACUUUCUUUACUUUGGAUUCUGAUCUGUCACCGUAACGUGUGCGUGCUGCUUUAAAUGUCUCAUCACGCCGCUGCAGCCGGACAGACGGCGUGCAGCGGCGUGAUGAGGAUCUGUUUCCCUUCACGUCUGCACAGAGAGACUCUAACGUUACGGGGACUCAUCCUCUUCCUGUGUUGUCUGCUCUCUGAUUGGCUGCUCUCUCUCUCUCUGUAACGACCACGUCUUCAUUUGCAGUUUUUGUUUUUCCCGCUCUGACAUCAUCGUCGUGGUUACCUGCCGGUUGUGCCUCUUCGCAGUUUGGAUGGAUCUUCUUUGUUCUCUUCGUUACGUGUUCGCAGGUCGUCGUAGAUUAUAACCUUCAGAUAUUCAAAGUGGCGUUUAUCUUCUUUUCUUUUGCUCGUUUGUCAUUGAUUGGGUGAAUAUGCUAACGGAACACGUGGAACUCGUUGGUUCAGUCGGCGCCGCAUGCCGUCAGCUGAACGACCUCCCGACACGCCACAUUCCUCACUUCCUGUGUACAUACCCGUGAGGCGUCGUGUGAGCGUAACCAUGGUGACAGAUUCUGAAGGGUAAUAAAGAGUUUUUUCUUGGUGACCUGAAGUCGUGCGUUUGUUGAUCUUUUUCUCCGCCCACAGGUGAUCAACGACCGUCUCAAACCGCCAUGAUGUCAGAGUCAAUCACGCCACAGGUACAGUCGCAGGUUAGACGGUUUUAUUAACAAACGGUAGAAAGGACGCCACAUUUAGAACGUCACAGCUGAUAGAACAGGAAACGGGUUUCUGAGGCUCUUACUUUGAAAAGCUUCAAACGUUUCCUCCAUCAGAUCUGAACGAAGGUUAAAGGUCAACAAAAAACCAAAACGAUGUUUCGAAGCUUUUCUCUCAUUUUCCAGGACGCGUGGGAGACGCUUCACGCUGCAGACAGCGCGCUCUCACUCAAACUUCAGGAACAGGAAGCUAGCUUAAUGCUAUGUUGUUGUUGUUGAUGCUCAGCCAAAGUGUUAACUACUGUGAUUGGCUGGCAGCUUUUUUAAACCCUGCCCCCAAUUAUGAUUGACAUAAUUCUUUUUAUGUGUUUUUUAUACACGAUUUCAUUUGAUUUCCUGCAUAAAGGAUGUUUGUAGUCUUGGCAGCAUUUUAACAUGGAAAUAAAAUCAAUUAAAUUUGAUUAUCAUGAACUGAAGAGGAUGAAAGGGGUGGAUGAAGAAGUUAGGUCUGGGUGACCCAGGUAGCAUCUCUCCUCUUGAUCCAGAUCCAAAGACCAGCCUGUUCGGCUGAACUGGAGAGCACUUUGAGGACCCCUGAACCCCCCCUUUAAAAAAACAUGGUGACGCUUUAGUGUUAUUUCAUAUGUUAAAACAACCAUCAGCAGUGAAAUGUUGUUUCAGUCUGAUGACGCUGGAGAUGUUUUUUAGUAUUUCGUUUGUAUUAGUAGUUCAGGGUUAGGGGUCAGGGGUCAGGGUACCCGCUCUCUUCAGGGUUUCUGAGUGUAAAAGUGAGUGUUUGUAAUAAAAGCAGACGUGUUCCUGCA